AUGCCCGGCACUUGUGAGGUUUGCGUCUCGGAGCCUUCGAAGUACCGAUGCCCAACAUGUGGGCUCAUGAGUUGCUCCCUGGCAUGCACUCAGUCCCAUAAAAUCUACUGCGCACCUAAAGCACCAUCACCAAAACCGACCGGUCCAACCGUCGACCCUCAACAGCCUGCCAGCGAAUCGAACGAGCAUGCAACCAGCGAGGUAGCACCCAAGGCCCAGAACGGCCUCGAUAUCAAAUCCCUAGGGAGCUCGGCCGAACUCAAAGAUUUACUCGAUCGGUUCCCUUCGCUUCGUGAGGAGCUGUACGAUAUUUACAAGGCUACUCUGGAGGAAGCAUGGGUGGAGACUCAGCGCUUUGGAGGUCGGGGUCGACACCAUGGGAGAGGCAAAGGACCGCACCGUCAUAACGGACCGUGGACCCGUGAGAAGGGCUUCAACCGAGGAGUGGGAAGGGUGAGGAGGCUACGGGAAAGAUGCGAGGAGGGUCUGGAGACUGGGAAGAAAGCGGAGGGGUUCGUGCGCUUCACGUCCCUGGUCACUGGUAAUGAGCUUCCACACGAGGGCAUGUAA